AGCAGAACUUUUCGGAGGCUUCCCAGUCGCCCGCCGCUUUGUCAAUCACGCCGCCGCAAUGCAACUUGGGAUGCCGUCUCCGUGUGUGGAGUUCAGCUUGCUGCUGCUGCGGCGUUUCCGAGUUCUGAUCACAAUCAACAUCAUACGCCGACCUAGCAGCGGGCUGUCCCAUACCCCGAAGCUACCCUGGCGAACAGGCCUUUAUUACGCGGCCCGUCUGCCAUCUGCCAUAGUCGAUGCGCCGUUAUCAUGGCCCGACGCGGGGUGUUAUGCAUGGCCGGAUUUGGUUGUGGCGACAAAUAUGCUUUCUCUGCGAAGUUCUGAAACCCCCGACAUGCCGUGCUAUAUUUACUACAAUCAGUUACAGAGUUAUUACCCCUCUCCCAAACGUCACUAUACUACAUACAUGUAGACCAUAGUGCUACUACCUUGGUCAGUCAUUCGUCACGCAUGAAGAUGGAGACGAAGAAACAGAAGCGGCCCCCCCCCCUCCCCACCCUGUCAGACCCAGAACCUCGGACGAAAGACUCUUCCCCUCCUCCCUUCUCGUACAUCUCGCUACAUCUUCUUCCUCUCGUGUCGACCACUACAUCGUCGCGGAAUCAUCAUCACUCAGGCCUAGCUGAGGGCCUAAGGAGGGGCUGGUGGAGCACAGCGCACGGCGACACACGCGGUAGAGAAGGUCCAGCAAGGAAGAAGAAAAGAAAAAAGGGAAGACCCGUUCUUUGAUUUGCUCGCAGGCUAUCUUUUGCAUCUCGCAACAUGUUUCUUGGUCUAGG